CGACUUGCGAGUAGGCGAUGCCAUCAUUUUUUUUGGCAUUUGCUUGGGCAUAUCCCAAUUAUAAGGAACGCAUGGUUCACCUCUGCUCUGCCUCAUCACCUCCAUUAUUUCUCCUCUGAUCCUCUUCCGCUCAUCAGCAAGGCAACUUCUAGAGUCGACAGAUGAGUAUACUGGUGAUCACCGUAGACUUGGAUUGCUGCCGCUGCAAGAAGAAGAUCGAGAAAGUCUUGGAGUGCCUCAAAGAGGAUUACUGCAUCGAGAAGAUCGAGUACGAGGACAAGAACAACAAGGUGAUCGUCCGCGGCAAGUUCGACGCCGAGAAGCUCCGCAAGAAGAUCUGCUCCAAGGCCUGCAAGGUCGUCACGGAGAUCAUCAUCGUCCCCGAAUGGCCGCCAAAAAAACCAGCCGAACCUGAGAAGAAACCUGAUCCCAGACCAUGCAAAUGCUGCUGCAAAUGCGAACCUGAGAAGAAGCCUGAACCCAAACCAUGCAAAUGCAGCUGCAAAUGCGAGCCCGAGAAGAAACCUGAACCCAAACCAUGCAAAUGCAGCUGCAAGUGCGAGCCUGAGAAGAAACCUGUUCCCAAACCAUGCAAAUGCUGCUGCAAGUGCGAACCUGAGAAGAAGCCUGAUCCGCCGAAACCAAUAUACAAGGCCGUGCCUUACCCGUACCCUGUCCCGUACCCAAUGCAGUGCCAGAACACGCCGUGGUGGAGCUGCCCGCCGCAGCAGCCAUGUCACUGCUGCCCCAAGCCACCGGCGCCGACCCCAACUCCGCCAACGGAGCCGCCGCCACCGCCGCCGCCGCCGUGCAGCUGCAAUAAUAAACCGCCCACCUGGCCGCCGUGCAACUGCAGGCCGCCGAUCUGGCCGCCGCCGAUAUGUUUCGAGGACAACCAGCCGGCCGAAGCAUGCUCCAUCAUGUGAUGAUCGAUCUAUAAUAUGAACAACACCCCGGUUGCUUCGGAUUACACAAAUGUGGGUGGUGAAUGGUGACACGUACUUCAGCUACCGUGCCAGAAACCGGAAUAAUGGGAGACUUGUUAUUUGUCUAUCUAUGUGUACUGUGGUUACAGCUUGUGGUGUUCCAAUUUAUGUAAGCAAGAUGUGUGCGUAAUAUUUAUCCUUGUUGUAAUAUGUAAUCGUUCAUUGGUUAAUUAAUGUUGUUUCGUUUACUCACUUA